AUGUCAACCCCGAGGAAGCGCCCGACUCCCCCGAGACGACGAGAGACGAAUUCUAAGCUGUCGUUCGCCCCGCAGACGCUUCGGGCGAGCCUGGAGUCGGACCACGGAGACCCCCUCACCCUCCUCGACAUCUACUGCGAGUGGCUGGAGGGGAAGGGGGACGGCAAGGAGGGGAGGGACAGCCGACGCUGGUGUCGCGACCGGGGCGUCGAGGAACAGCGUCUCUACGAGGUCGCAAACCUCCGGCAGCAGUUCCAGGACCUCCUCCAGGAAUGGCAUAGGAGCGUGAUGGAGCGACGGGUCGACGAGGUCACAUAUACCGACUGCAUGCAACUUCCACAGGACAGUGGACUGGUAGACCGGUUGGGCCGGAUGCCCGAAUCGAGCGAGGAGCGGAGAAUCCGAUACGGGGAGCUGAAGCAGCUGAGGAGCAUGAAGCGCAAGUUCCACGAGACGUGGGGGCAGGCGACGGAAAGUCGCACGCACGUUCGGAUCUUCCCGAUGUCAUUACCUUAUCGUAACGUGAUACGUGACGGUUGGGCCCUUUCGAGUAAAACCCGCAUCCGGAGCUUCCAAGACGUGACCAUCGUGAAGAUGGUGUUAGUGAGUGCCUUGUACCCGCAAGUCGCCGUCCCCGACGACCACGACUCCUACAGGGUGAGAACGGGGAUCCUUCUUGCCUGUGAUCCCUUUCAGCCGGGGUCGGACCAAGUGCAUCACACAAAGGGGAAAGCCUUCACCGUCCUCCAUCCGAUGGGGAAGCCGGUCAACGACCCGCAGGUGCUCCAGAUUACCAAAGCGGACAUCCUGGACUUCCCCGGGUUCGCUCGUCGGAAUCCCGUCUCCACCAAGCACCAGCUUCUGCUUUACGUGUACGUCCCUGCUGGAGACGACGAAGCCGUACAUCGUGAAUACGUUGCGGGUGCCGGCCGCCCAUUCCUGUCUCCUCCCGCUCCGUCGACUCCGAUCCGGACUUCUCUCGGUCGGCUCAAAGUGGUCUGCGACGAGUGGUUGGAGCUGCGCUUCCCGGACCCGGAUUCCGCCCAGCUGGCCCUGCUGCGAGCGGCUCAGAUCCGCACGCUGUGGAUGGAGAUCCUCGCGACUCGACUCUCGGGGGACGAGGAUUCUCGGAGGGCCGGGGACUCGCGGCGGCUCCAGCGCCUCGCCCUGCAGUUCUACCUGCAGGAAGUCCCGUGCUCCGUACGACGGCUCCUGCCCGCCGACACCAAGCACCUGUACGAGGGAGACACGGGAGGAGACAUCUGGAGGCUGGACGGAGAGGGGAAUCCCUUCUCCACCGACGGAGACGUCAUUCGGGGCGACAUCCAUCCCAUGAAGGGGGGUCUCCGACUCACUCCUUUCCUCACUUACGACCGGCUCUCUUUUCUCACUCCAGAGAAAGGAGAGAAAAAGGAGGAGGAGGAGGAGGAGAAGAGCGGAAAAGGAUCUCGCAAGUACUUCUGCCCCGAUUGCAACAGAGAACUGAGGCUCUCCACGACAGAGAUCUUCCGCCACAAGAAGACACACGCUUCCGGUGGGACUACUUCCGGAGGGACUGCUUCCUGA